AUGAAAGUGCUUGAAAUAAAUCAAUUACCCUUUUUUUGCUCAAUAUGUAGGGAUCCACUAAAAAAAGAUAAUUAUUGAAAAAUUAUUGAACCUAUAUAUGACUUCCUACUGGCUCAGGCAGAUCAGGAGAAAUAUCUUAGUUGCAAGAACUGCGGAAUUAUUAAAGAAAUUAGUGAAUUUCAUGAUAAUUUAUGCAAAGAAUGUUUUGCUUUUAAUUUACGUUCUGGGAAGGUGGAAAAAUGGGAUAAUUAUACUCAAGAGUUUAUUUCUGAAAAAGGCUAUUGUGAUGGCUGUAAAAAAAUAGUUUAUUUUGUAAAGAAUUGCUUGACAUCUAUUUGCCCUUUAAAGCAUUAUUAUUGCAGAGAAUGCUUACUUCUUUGAUAGAGCAAGAAAAUUGACCUCACUUGUGAGGAUUUUUUUAGGUUAAAAAAAAAUUGUAUAGCAUGAACAUAGUUUAGCCUUUAAAAUGUUGUAAACCUUUAUGGAUUGGCAAGUAUCAUGAAUAAAUCAUAGUAUUAAGAUUUAAUUAACGAUUAAUUAAUCUUAUAAAAAAAAAUAUAGGUUCUAUCAUUCAUGGAGGAGAGGUAGUUCAAAUAAUGGGAAUGGGUAACUGCUUAGAAUGCAAACGUGAAUUAUCAGAAGAAACCAAAAUAAAAAUCGAUAAAAUUUUAUAUGCGAUAUGCAAAAUAUGUGGGGAAAAAUUCAAAAGGGAGAGAUUUAUCCCUAAAAGAUGUUGCGAAGAUGAUGUUUGUGUUUUAUGCCAAAUUUAUUGGCCUAGUGAUAACUGCUGCUUGUGCAAUAAAGAAUUAUCAUCAUAUGCUUUAGAAAUUAUCAAUGAUAUUAGAGAAAAAAUCAAAAAUUAA